UCUAGUCUGGCCAGAUGCUGCCCUGAGAGGGGACGGAAGACACCGGCAGGGCUUGGGGGCCAUGGGGCAGGGGUUUGGCACGGGGUCCCUGGCCUCUGCACCCUGAUAGCUCCAAGCCAGAGGGUGCAGGACCAGCUCCUAGGGGUUGGGGGAGGAGAGGCUGAGCUGCCCAAGCUGGAGACAGCGUGGGAGAGGACCAGGACCCAGAGCCCUCCCAGCCCCCCAGGCAGGGGCCACCGGCUGCACUCAAGCCUUGACCUCAGCUGACCCUGGGAGCCCACAUGGGGUAUAGGGUCUAAUUUUAGCUCCAGCCAGAAGAUCCACAGCCCAGGAGUGCCUGCCAGUGGGCACAGGGUGGCCAAGGCUGCUCAGGGGCUGCUCAGGCAGGGGGAGAACUGGGGAGACCAGCCCUGCUUCCAUACAGCCCUGCACCCUGGCCAAGUUGCCUCCUAUGGGAGCCCUGACGGGUCCCCCAUGGCCUGGCAGACGGCCCUCCUCUCUGUUGAGGCCAAGGUCAGGGGACGUAGCCAGGAGGCCAGAAGGACACUGCUUUGCAGUCUGGACAGGGGUUGCAUCAGCCUGAGCAGUGCCCAGGGGCAGGGGACCCCGCUGGGAGGGCAAAGGCUGGCUUGGUUGUCCAAAAGCCAAGGAAGCAGAGUCCUGACCACAGGAAGGCAGGGCCACAGAGCUGGGACCUACGUGGCCUCCCGAUGCCUGGCCUGUGACUUGCUAUUUCAUCUUACACAGGCAGCCUGCCUUUGAUGGGCCUCAGUCUUCCUAUCUAUACAAUGAAGGCACUGACCUAGAAGGUGGAUCCCAGCCCCAGAGGCCCACCCUCACGCCCCUGCUCCUCCUGCUUCGUGGCCCUGGCUAUGGGUGGCCACAUGCAGUCAUGGAGAAGAAAGUCCCUCUGGCUGGCACUGUCGGCCUCCUGGCUCCUCAUCCUGCUGGGAGUCUUUCCCCUUCUCCGCCUGGCAGUGCCUGCCAGACCCCGGGCAAGGGCUCCCCAAGGCUGGCCCCGCUGGCUGGACGCAGAGCUCCUGCAGAGUUUCUCCCAGCCUGGGGAGCUCCUGGAAGAUGGCCCUCAACCUCCUCAAGCACCCCGUGGUGGCAGUUGCAACUGGGGAGCUUGCUUUGAUGCCUCGAAGUGCAGAGAUGGCGGCCUCAAGGUAUUUGUGUACCCGGCAGCUGGACCCAUCUCUGAGACUCGCCGCAGGAUCCUGGCUUCCAUUGAAGGCUCCCACUACCACACGGUCAGCCCUGCCGAGGCCUGCCUCCUCCUCCUCCUCAGCUCGGACACCCCGGCUGGACAGUGCGAGCCAGUGCCCGCACAAUGGGAUGGGGGCAGGAACCAUCUGGUCCUCAAUCUCCACCCAGCCCCUUGCCCCCAGACUGUCCAGCUGGGGCAGGCAAUGGUGGCCAAGGCCAGCCCAACAGUGGACACCUUCCGGGCCGGCUUUGACGUGGCCCUCCCGCUUCUCCCUGAAGCCCACCCAUUGCGAGGUGGGGCACCUGGCCAGCUGCAGCAGCACAGCCCCCGCCCCGGGGUGGCUCUGCUAGCCCUGGCAGGGGAGAGGGGCCGGUGGUACACAGCAGGCACCAACUCCUCUGCCUGCCCCUGGGAUGGGCACUGUGAGCAGGACCAUGGACCCAAGCAGACCCCCCCUGGGGCAUUACUACCCAAUGCCACCUUCUGCCUCAUCCCUGGCCGCAGUCCUGAUGCCUGGCACUUCCUCCAAGCCCUACAGGCUGGCUGCAUCCCUGUGCUUCUCAGCCCUCACUGGGAGCUGCCCUUCUCCGAGGUCAUCGAUUGGACCAAGGCAGCCAUUGUAGCUGACGAGAGGCUCCCACUUCAGGUCCUGACUGCCCUCCAGGAGAUGCCCCUCACACGGGUCCUUGCCCUGCGUCAGCAGACCCAGUUUCUAUGGGAUGCCUACUUCUCCUCAGUGGAGAAGGUCAUCCACACCACUCUGGAGAUAAUUCAGGACCGGAUCUUUGGAGCAUCUGCUCGCCCCUCACUACUGUGGAACAGCCCUCCAGGGGCACUCCUGGCCCUGCCCACUUUUUCCACAAGCCCCGUGGACUUCCCCUUCUAUCACCUGCAACAGGGCUCCCGCCCUGUGGGCAGGUUCAGUGCUCUGAUUUGGGUGGAGGCUCCAGGCCAGCUCCCUCUGAAGCUCAUCCAGGUGGUGGCAGGCUCCCAGCACUGUGCCCAGAUCUUGGUUCUCUGGAGCUGUGAGAAGCCACCCCCACCCAGGUGGCCUGAGACAGCCGUGCCCCUGACAGUCAUUGGUGGGCAUAGGAAGGCCAGUGACCGCUUCUUCCCGUACAGUGCCGUCAGCACCGAUGCCAUCCUCAGCCUAGAUGCCCACAGCAGUCUUUCCACAAGUGAGGUGGACUUCGCUUUUGUGGUGUGGCAGAGCUUCCCGGAGCGGAUGGUCGGCUUUCUGACGUGGAGCCACUUCUGGGAUGAGACCCGGGGUGGCUGGGGCUACACUGCAGAGAAGGCCAAUGAAUUCUCCAUGGUUCUCACCUCAGCUGUCUUCUACCAUAGGUAUUACCACACCCUCUUCACCCACUCCCUGCCCAGGGCUCUGAGGAGCCUGGCAGAUGAGACACCCACCUGUGCGGAUGUCCUGAUGAACUUCCUAGUAGCAGCAGUCACCAAGGUGCCCCCUAUCAAGGUGCCCUACGGGUCGCGGCAUCAGGAGGCCAGACCUCCACUGGCACCUGGGAGUCCGGGGCUCAGGCAGGAGCCGCAGCCGGCAGCCCAGGAUUGCAUCAACCAGAUGGCGGCAGCGUUCGGCCACAUGCCUCUGGUAUCCUCUCACCUCCGUCUGGACCCAGUGCUCUACAAGGACCCGGUGUCCGUGCUGCGUAAGAAGUAUCGCAGCCUGGAGAAGCCCUAGGAAGGACCAACUGAGACCCAACUUGGCUCCCCGGGGGGGCUGCACUGCCUAGAGGGGAGGGGAGGCUCAGCCCCGUAACUUGGAUAUCUGGAGACCCAGUCGAGGCUGCCAGUCAGCCAGCACGGCAGAUCCCGAUUGGCCAACCAUAGCUCUAGCGCCCCUAGGGCCGAGGACUUGCCCCACCCUCUAGUCCAGCAGCAGGUCCCAGGUGAGCGUCCCCGGCUCUGCGGCUCUGCCUCUGCCUUCGCAGACCCCUUGCCUGGAAUGCCUUUCUCGGCUUCUCUGCCGAGCUGACCUCUACUUGUCUUUCAGAUCCCCGCCUUCUCCACGAACUUGCCUGGCCCCCACCCCCGCCCCAGAUGCUCUAAGCCUUUCACAGCCGGGUAUGUCCCGCAAUCCCGACGCUAUUCGUGCUGCUUUGCAAGGUACACACGCCAUCAGGCCCCAAGACUGGCCGGAAGGUCGGGGCCGCGUCCUCUUCUCUCUAGCCUAGCAGGUGCGCCACAAAUACUUGACGAACAGAUAGAUGGAAGAGACACCGACUACGUGCCGGGCUCUGUGCCGACAGGGGGCGAGAGCGUGAACAAGGUGUUCCGAGUGAGACAAAACUCCCCGAAGGCAGCUUCCUGCAGACACCUGGAUUGCCAGGCGCAAUCCUCGCGCCCCAGCAAUGGAACAAAGAAGUGCCGGGGAGCCAGUUUCGGGGCUUCCCCUUUCGGACCGGGCGGAACAGAGUUGGGAGGCGAGAAGGCGGGAUGGGAACGCUGGUGGCCCUGCCUAGCCCGGGACCCUCGAUUGAGGCACUGCCGUCGUCCUGCAUUACCAGCCUGGGGCACUAGAGGCCAGCACCGCGCUGCGCUUUCUCCGGUCCGAUAGGGAAUGGAGUUUUGAACGCCCAUCGGGUCGGAGAGCAGACCAGGUGAGGGACCUGGAAGUUGGCGUGCAGCCCGAAGCCUGAAAACUUGGGCGUGAAGAGAAAGGAAUCAGAAAAUGACUUCACCCCUUCGGCCCCCAAACUUAGGACUAUAGAGACAUUUCUAGGUGGGCUAGGUGGGAGCAGGGGCAGUCCGAGCUCCCUGGUGGUGAGAGUGAGUGGGGGAAGGGAUGCUAGGUUCUCCUGGGUUCAUCCACCUGGAACUGGAAUUAUCACUUCCGAAAUAAAGCUUGUGUCCUUGCCCUCUCA